GCAAAAUGGCCACUGAACAGCUAGAAGUUGACCGCUCAGCCCUGUAAGCUUCCAGUAUUUACAAGAUGUUGUUGGACGCAGUUUUUUAAAUCAACAUAGGGAAGAAAAUCGCUUUGUGUGCUUUCACAGCAGCAGGAUGGCUGAAUAUCCGUCAUUCCAGCACGGCAAGUCUCGUUUCGACCAGAGCACAUUUCUUGGUCGGUUCAGGCACUUCCUGGAUGUGAUUGACCCAAGCACACUCUUGGUGACGGAGAAACGGCUGCAGGAGUGCGUGGAGCUGCUAGACCGUUUCAAAUGUGGAAGUCUGCCUCCAGGAGUGACUGAUGCUCAGCUUUGGCAAGCUCAAAAAAUAAAGCAGGCCAUCAUCCACCCUGACACGGGGGAGAAGAUCUUCAUGCCCUUUCGGAUGUCAGGUUUUAUCCCAUUUGGCACACCAGUGGUCGUUGGCCUCCUUCUCCCAAAUCAAACAUUGGUAUCAACUAUCUUCUGGCAGUGGUUAAACCAGAGUCACAAUGCCUGUGUUAACUACUGCAACCGCAACGCCUCCAAGCCUGCUCCAGUUUCCAAAUUCAUUCAGGGAUACCUCGGAGCAGUGACCAGCGCAGUCUCCAUUGCUGUCGGAUUGAAUGUGUUAAUCCAGAAAGCCAGCCACUUCAGCCCAACUACCAGGCUUUUGGUGCAGAGGUUCAUCCCCUUCCCAGCAGUGGCGAGUGCGAACGUCUGCAACGUGGUACUGAUGAGACAUUCUGAGCUGUCGGAGGGCAUCAGUGUGCUCGACGGCAACGGGAACGUGGUGGGAACAUCAAAAGUUGCUGCCAGGCAUGCACUUUUAGAAACCUCUCUGACCAGAGUGGUCCUGCCUAUGCCAAUUCUGGUGCUCCCUCCCAUGAUCAUGGCUGUGCUGGAAAAGCUCCCCCUCCUGCAGAGACAGCGGAUGCUCAUCUUGCCCGUCCACAGUCUGGUGUGCCUUGCUGCCUUCAGCCUGGCUCUGCCUCUCGCCAUCAGUCUCUUCCCACAGAUGUCCCAGAUCAGUGUGAAUCAGCUAGAGCCUGAGAUCGCCAUGGCAACAGAUUGUAAAAUUGUGACAUACAAUAAAGGCUUGUGAGUGAUCUCUGCUGCCCGACACAUGAAGGACCCGCUGCUCAUCAUGGUUCAAACUCCCUGAAGCUGCCAGAGAAUGAAUUAUGGUAAAUUUGGCUGUGUGAGCAGUUAGCAUACGUUUACAGAGAAAGGCAGUUGAUAUUGAGAAUAUGUGUUGUUUACGUCAAGACUACAGUCGUUAAAUAAGCAACAACACAUGAUGACGUGUGAUACAGGAAAAUAUACACCAGGUUUCUUUUCUUACUGGCUCCCUUUUUUGGAGCUUGACAUGUCUAAAUGAUUUUAGUUGACGUCUUGAUUGUAUAUGUAAAGACUGAAUGAAAUCAGGAACAAUUACUAAAAUGUAUUUUUUAAAGCAAGUAUUCCCAAUCUUCUCUUGCUACCCUUUAAAGCAAGCAACAUCUCCCUGCAACCCAUUGUCAUAGGUUGCACAUCUAUAAGUUGUGAGCGAUUCAAUCAAAGCAUGAUUUUCUCCUCUCAGAUUGUUUAACCAAAACACUUUUUAGAUGCCUGAAAGGGUAAAACUAUAAUAUUACACCUGGGCAAUCCCAUGCCAACGAUUCUAAUCCCAUCCCAACCAUUUAUUUAAUGGAUGUGGAAGUUCUUGCCAAAUGGAAAGGGCUGUUUUGUAAUAGUUUUAGCGAGAUAUGAGGUGACAGAAGAUAAUUUAGAAAACCAUUACUUUAUUUUUAUAAACUUAAUUUAGUCCCCAUUUGAAAUGCAAUUUUGUAUAGUGCCCUUAAAUCCAAAAAAUUCCUUUUAAACUCGACUGAAAUCAAAACAGAUCAGUAUCUCCUUUGGAAUCAUCUAAUGAUACUGUUUUUUGUUGUUGUUGUUGCAACAGCAGGUAUUGAAAACAUUAUUAUUAAUAAAUGAUUUUAAAUGUCAAUAUUUGUUUUGACUCCCUCUAACUGGGAUGUGGAUGUUGAGUCCCUCUCAUAUAGUAAAAUAACUGCAUUUUGGUUUGAUCCAAGGUGAAAGCACUCAUCUUUUUAGAUUAACUAAUUAAUUUUUUUGUAAUCAAACAAAAGUGAAAAGUGAGUACUGUACACAUACAAAAAUAAUAAUCACAGUAAGGAUUCUUUUAAGUCUUAACCUAAAAUAUUCUGAAAGCCAUAAUGUUAAAAUGCUGCUCUAUCUUUGUGAAUGUAUUUGCACUGGGUUUAUAUAAACUUUCUGUUUUCAAGUAUCUAUCUAGUUAUAUUUUGUCAUGAUCUGUGGGAUUAGUAUGUUUGCACUGUUGCCGAGGGAACGCAACACGAUAGACUGCGAUGCAGCGUAAUUGGACAAGAAGCCACAUGCAUCAGUGGAGGAUGCUGGGUGGAAGUUGUGGCACACAAACAGGGUGAGACAAAUAAAUACAAAAUCCAAUUCAUUAAACAUUUUGUAUUUCAAAGAAA